AUCAAAGAACAGGGUCACCAGGAUCCUUUAUGGGACAGCAGUGUAUAAGUGUCCCUCCAGUCCACUAGGGGGUGCUGUGUAAUUCCCUGUGCUCUGGUGUUUGAGGUUCCCCCGCCCCUCGCUCUUCUUCCCUGCAGCAGCGGGCGGCAGUUCCCUGCUGCUGCUGACAAGUUGCCCUGCGGGCUUGUUGCUGCUGGGCGGCGGAUCCGCUGUGUUAUUCGUUGAAACCCGGCGGCCGUAAAACCACUCAGGACGUGGACACCUUCGUGUGUUGUUUUUUUUUUCUCCCAGGGGAGGAUGCGCGCUGUUCCGCUGAGGAUACGUUGAACUUGUCGUACGAUACCUUCACAGAUAUCAGGAGGAGCAGGAGUACUUUUGGAAGUGGGGAAUUAUGUGAGGAAGUGCAAAAGGAAUAAAGAACUAACCUGUGAACUUAACGAUCCAGGCUGAUUAAAUUGGCUUCUGGCAUUUUGACUUUGCUGGUAAAGCAGAUUUGAAUGCCUUUGAAGAAGACGCUUAUCUGGGUUAUAACUCUCCCAGUGUUCAGCUUACUUGGAAGUGAAUACGUGGAAAAGCAGUACUUUUUUCUUUAAAAAAAAGGAAAAUGGAUGAUGAACUCGAAAUGUUUCUUGAAGAGCAGAAGGCUAAGGUGGCUCGAGAAAAGGCCAGUCUGGAACACGAUCCACCUUAUAUGGAAAUAAAGACAAAGGCUGACAAUGUGUACAACUCUGCGAUUAAGGAAAAUAUUCCUCCUUACAAGUGGUCCUCGCCACAGAAACCUCAGAACGAGCAUGGAAAAGAUGAGACCUAUGGCUUGAGUUUGCCGCUCGGUGAAGAUUAUGAGAGAAAGAAGCAUAAGCUAAAACAAGAGCUGCGUCAGGAUUACAGGCGCUAUAUGGCUCAGGAAUUAACUCGAGGUAGAAGAAAGAAAAAAAAUAACAGUAGUGGGGAGACGGAUGUGAACGCCCAGGGCCUUUCACUACCAAUUGGCGAAAGAAGAUCUGCAAAGGACCGAUUGCGAAGUGAAAGAAACAAGGAGUAUAAUCAGUUUCUCAGGGGACAGCAGGAGCACAGCACAUUGAAGCGAGAAGCAAAGGACUUGUCUCAGGAUGAGGACAGAGAUGUCGAGCGCGCUGGUGCUCCGAUGGUCCCACCUGAACUGUUGCCCGAGGUGUACCUGAGCCCGAGAGCCCCCGUGCUGCGCGAGUACCCCCCCCCGCGGAGAGACGCUGCCACCUUCACGGAGGACUUGGGGGCCCCGAUGAGGGGCCGGAGGCAGGGGGAGGGCAGGAGCCGCCGCAUGGAAGAGGAGCACGAAAUCCGGGAAAGGAGGCCCCGGCUCAUCAGGCUCGACCCCGGCUCCGACGAGGACUUUCAGCACUACCUCGACUCCGAUGAAGAGCCUCCCGAACUCCAGGCGCGAAGACGGCACAGGCUGAGGGAAGAGCCUGGCAUCGUGGAGAAAAGGCAGCGCCGAGUUUACUACAGACCAGAGAGAGACAUGCCAAGGCUCAGAGACAGAAGAAUUGAUGACUGUGAUGAUUAUCCAGAAAUGGAUCACUAUGUUCAGCGACACAGAAAUGAAAACAGAGUGUACAGGGAGAAAAGGGACAAAGAAGCUCCAAUUGCUUAUGAAGAAGAUUACAAGGAGAGGUUGAAUAGGAAACCCCUUUCAGCUGCAUCUAAACCAAAGCUGCAAGCACCAUCACCUGUCAAGCCCAGUGAAAGAUCAAAGUCAGCUGCUCAUAAAGACGAAGCAGAGUUUGCGACAGGAUUGAUGAUCGGAGCUGCAGAUGCAGAUCUUGCUCUUCAGAAACGGAAAGAGCGAUACAGACAGGAGCUGCAGGCACAGAUGGCAGAGCAGCAACGAAACAAGAUAAGGGAAAAGGAACUGGAGCUCAGAGUUGCAGCUACUGGUGCCACUGACCCAGAGAAACAGCAAGACCAGGAAGAGCCGGAUCGAAUCAAGCAGUUUGGGGCUGUGAGCCGAGACUACGACAGCAAGAGGAGAGACGUCCCCUAUCGUCCAGGGCAGGGCCUGAACGGAUUCAGCCUUGACACGAGCCGGAGGCCUCGUGAGGAAAAGGCCCCCCCUGACCCCGAAGAGAGGGCCCCUCCUGAGAGGCCGCGGGUCGCUUUCCAGUCCCCCAUCUUAGACUACAGCGCCGCCCUGGGGGCUCUGUCUGCUGGAGGAGGUGGCGUGGGGGCUGCCGGGCUGCAGGGCAGUGCAGCUGCUCCUCUCAGUGAAGACUUUCACAGAGGGAUCCCCAGCACUCUUGGAGAAAUAGUUGCACCCAGAAUUGCAAGCGUCCCUCCUCCUCCUCCCCCCACACUGACGGACACUUACAGAACGCCUUAUGAUGAGGCCUAUUACUACUAUGGAGCUAGGAACCCACUGGACCCCAGCCUGGCAUAUUAUGGACCUGGGGCAUUGGGUGUCCAGCCUAUACCUGUAGUGAACCCUCAUUCUGGGGUGCAACUGCUGAACCCACAAAGCCACCUUGGGACUGGAACACAACUAACAGGGCAAGGUAAAUCUACAUCUGGAAUUGGCAUUUUUCCAGUGGAGAAGCCCAGGCAGCCGAAAGACAGCAUGUUAAGUUACCAGGAGGCUCUGAAACAACAGAUCCAAGAGCAGCAGGAACGCAAGAGGAGAGAGAAAGAAGAGAAAGAGCGCUAUGAAUCCAAGCUGGAAGCAGAGAUGAAGGCCUAUGACCCCUGGGGCAGAGGAGGAGGGGGAGCCCCUCUUAAAGACGACCGGGGGAACCUCAUCACUGAUCUGAAUAGAAUGCACAAGUCCAACGAAGAGGCGUACACAAACCCUGAGGCUCGCGACAAGAGAGCUGUGGUGUCUGUCAGCAGGAACGUAGCAACGCCCAGAGACGAAGCUCGAGCCCCCUCCGCACAUCGAAUAUCGGGUUUUUCUUUUGCCCACACGUCACCCUUCGCUCGAGGCAAUGUGUUUGCAGAGGUCCCCACCCCCCAGCAGCUCCAUGAGCAAGACAAAUACAAGGACUACCUCAAACAACAGAUCGAGGAAAAGCGGCGUAAGCAAGCGGAGGAGCGCGAGAGGCUCCGGCUGGAGGAAGAGAAGGAGGAGAAGCGUCUGGCAGAGCAGAGGGCGAAGAUCCAGAGGGAGUACGAGGAGGAGCUGGAGAGGAAAAAGCAAAAAGAGCUGGAGCAAAAGCUGAAGAACGAGGAGCUGGUGCAGCAGGCGGAGGAGCGCCGCCAGGAGGCCGAGCGGAAGAAGCGCGAGGCGGAGGAGAAGGAGAGAGAAUCUCUGCAGCGAGAGCAGUACGAGAGGGAGAGACAGGCUAGACUGGAGGAGGUCCCACGGCAGCCAUCUCCUCCGAUUCCAGCCUUGCAGAAGAGGAUGACCUCCCAGCAGACUCCCAGACCUCUGUCUAUCGACAGCCGCCACUCGACUGCUGUGUCUGAACGCUCGCAAUCGGGCGCUCGCUCCCCGCCAGUGCCCGCCAGGAGGAACCAGCUGCGAGCAGCAGAGGACCAGCAGGGGGUGAUCAGCGAGCUGUCGGUCCUGAGGAAGCAGCUGCGCAGUGAGCAGCGCCGGCUCGAGGGGCAGCUCCUGCAUCUGGACCACGAGGAUCUGGACACGCCUUUGUCUGGCAGGCGCAGAGACAAGGCGCAGGUGGAUGUGUUUGACAUGGCCAGACUGCGCAUGCAAGCUCCUGUCCGGAGACCGUCCACCAGAGCGCUCGAGCCCAUGAACAUCCAGAACAUCAGGGAAUUCAACCAGCUCAAAUACAGAGACAGCGAGUCCCGGGAAGAGGUGCGCCAGGCGUACCCCGACCCCCCCAGCGACGACCGCGGCCUGGAGAUCCAGCAGCAGGCCCUUCUCCGCGAACAGCAAAGGAGGAUCAACUCGCUGAGGAGGAGAGGAGGCACUGACGAUUUUGAAUUCUCUCAUGCGGGACAUCAAAAACAUCACUUGAGAAUGGACUCUGCAGCAAAGCCCUUGAGAGGAUCACUGUUAGAAUCCGAGAGUGCUUUCAUUGGUACCUCUGGAGAGACGGUCGCAGUGCUGCCAGACACUGACCAGAGCACACGGCAACUGUCUGCAAGGGAGCGCAGGAGACAACACAAGAAGAUGGACUUUGAUCCUGAUAAGGGGGCGCCCAGAGAGCUGAGAGACCCUGCAGCGGAGGCAGACGCAUACUCUCUGGCCAGCCUCAAUAUGGACCAGCUCAGGGAUCGCAACGAGCGCAGGAUGAGACGCCUGGAGGACCUGAGCCAUCAGAGCUGGAGGACUGGAGAGGCGUCUGCUGACGAGACAGACGACAUCCUGAAGCAAGUUUCCCCGACGGACAGAGACCGGCCGUACUCUGUGGAGACCGUGGCCACCGAGCCCUGGCUCAGACCUGGGACUUCAGACACACUGAAGCGCUUCAUGGCUGGACAGACACGGCGAGAGAGGCCGCCUUCUGCUAACUCUCUGGCCCUAAACUGGGAGGGUCCCUCCACCUCUCACGGAUGACCGCGGGCACGGGGGAAGAGCGUAGUUUGUGCACUUUCCGGGUUGUGUAGUGUUAGUGUGUGGAAACUGCUUUGUGUGGCCUUCAGCACAUUAUCUUUUGGAAAAUAAUUGUAAAGAGAGCUGCAUGAAAACAAAUGGUUAUUUUGUUGAGCUUCGAACUGCUUGGUGUGCAUUAGCAUUGAGAUUACAGAUCUGAGCCCUUUUCCUGAGUGCUUACGAUUAUCUACCUCUCUGGAUUAUUGGCCUUUAUUUCACAGCUGUGAAUAUGUAGAGUGCUGGGUUUAUUUAUGUUUUUCUUGCUAAGUUUUGACAACCGCAUGGGAAGGAAAAUGUGAUUGACAUUCUGCUGUCUCUUUGUGAAUGUUUCUUGGGAAAAUUUCAAUGUGUUCUUGCACUCCUAGAAAACAAAAAUCAAUAUUCUUUUCUAAAACA